AGGGAAAGCAGGCGGCCGGGGAAAGUGAUGAGGCUAAAAAAGUAGUCCCUUCGAGUCCUCUAUUUACCACCGUGUCGUAGCAGUAAGUGAGGCUUUUAGCGCACUGCGCCCCAAAUUCCUGCGCCUCCGCUGUAUCGCGGCACUCCGUGGAGGGGUACAUAAGGCGGAGGGGGUGAGGCAACUUGGGCGGAGUUCUGUCGCCAGGAUCCCUCCGCAGGGCUCAGCCGUUUCCGGAGUCUGCGCUGCGCCCGGUUCCGCCAUUGCGGCUCUCCCGGACCCUGGAGCCUCCGCCCCCGACCUGAGCUCUUUCGUCUGCCUGCCAGUUUCCUGCGUCCCCGGAGACUAUCCUGCCGAGCCCAGCCUUCCCCCUCCCCCUUCUCCUCCUCUCCCUUGGAGAGCCUGGGCAGCCACUGCCCCGCAGCCCCAGUGACAGGAGGAGACCAUACCCCCCGACAGCGCCAUGGCCCAGAUUCUGCCAAUUCGUUUUCAGGAGCAUCUUCAGCUCCAGAACCUGGGUAUAAACCCAGCAAACAUUGGGUUCAGUACCCUAACUAUGGAGUCAGACAAGUUCAUCUGCAUUAGAGAGAAAGUAGGAGAGCAGGCCCAGGUGGUAAUUAUUGAUAUGAAUGACCCAAGUAAUCCAAUUCGAAGACCAAUUUCAGCAGACAGCGCCAUCAUGAAUCCAGCUAGCAAAGUAAUUGCACUAAAAGCUGGGAAAACUCUUCAGAUAUUUAACAUUGAAAUGAAAAGUAAAAUGAAAGCCCAUACCAUGACUGAUGAUGUCACCUUCUGGAAAUGGAUCUCUUUGAAUACCGUUGCUCUUGUUACGGAUAAUGCAGUUUAUCAUUGGAGUAUGGAAGGAGAGUCUCAGCCAGUGAAAAUGUUUGAUCGUCAUUCUAGCCUUGCAGGGUGCCAGAUUAUCAAUUAUCGUACUGAUGCAAAGCAAAAGUGGUUACUUCUGACUGGCAUAUCUGCACAGCAAAAUCGUGUGGUGGGAGCUAUGCAGCUAUAUUCUGUAGAUAGGAAAGUGUCUCAGCCCAUUGAAGGACAUGCAGCUAGCUUUGCACAGUUUAAGAUGGAAGGAAAUGCAGAAGAAUCAACUUUAUUUUGCUUUGCAGUACGGGGUCAGGCUGGAGGGAAGUUACAUAUUAUUGAAGUUGGCACACCACCAACAGGGAACCAGCCCUUCCCAAAGAAGGCAGUGGAUGUUUUCUUUCCUCCAGAAGCACAAAAUGACUUUCCUGUUGCAAUGCAGAUAAGUGAGAAACAUGAUGUAGUAUUCUUGAUUACGAAGUAUGGCUAUAUCCACCUCUAUGAUCUUGAGACUGGUACCUGCAUCUACAUGAAUAGAAUCAGUGGGGAAACAAUCUUUGUUACUGCACCUCAUGAAGCCACAGCUGGAAUAAUUGGAGUAAACAGAAAGGGACAAGUUCUCUCAGUAUGUGUGGAAGAAGAAAACAUAAUUCCUUAUAUCACCAAUGUCCUACAAAAUCCCGAUUUGGCUCUGAGAAUGGCUGUACGUAACAACUUAGCUGGUGCUGAAGAACUCUUUGCCCGGAAAUUUAAUGCUCUUUUUGCCCAGGGAAAUUACUCAGAGGCAGCGAAGGUGGCUGCUAAUGCACCAAAGGGAAUCCUUCGUACCCCAGAUACCAUCCGUCGGUUCCAGAGUGUUCCAGCCCAGCCAGGUCAAACUUCUCCUCUACUUCAGUACUUUGGAAUCCUUUUGGAUCAGGGCCAGCUAAACAAAUAUGAAUCCUUAGAACUGUGUAGGCCGGUACUUCAGCAAGGGCGGAAACAGCUUUUGGAGAAAUGGUUAAAAGAAGAUAAGCUGGAAUGCUCUGAAGAACUGGGUGACCUUGUGAAAUCUGUGGACCCGACAUUGGCACUUAGUGUAUACCUAAGGGCUAAUGUUCCAAAUAAAGUCAUUCAGUGCUUUGCAGAAACAGGUCAAGUCCAGAAGAUUGUUUUAUAUGCUAAAAAAGUUGGAUAUACUCCAGACUGGAUCUUCCUGCUGAGAAAUGUUAUGCGUAUCAGUCCAGAUCAGGGACAGCAGUUUGCUCAAAUGUUAGUUCAGGAUGAAGAACCUCUUGCUGAUAUCACACAGAUUGUCGAUGUGUUUAUGGAAUACAAUCUAAUUCAGCAGUGCACUGCAUUCCUGCUUGAUGCCCUGAAGAAUAAUCGCCCAUCUGAAGGUCCUUUACAGACAAGGCUGCUUGAGAUGAACCUUAUGCAUGCACCUCAAGUCGCAGACGCUAUUCUAGGGAAUCAGAUGUUCACGCAUUAUGACCGGGCUCAUAUCGCUCAGCUGUGUGAAAAGGCUGGCCUCUUGCAGCGUGCAUUAGAACACUUCACUGACUUAUAUGAUAUAAAGCGUGCCGUUGUUCACACACAUCUUCUUAACCCCGAGUGGUUAGUGAAUUACUUUGGGUCCUUAUCAGUAGAAGACUCCCUGGAAUGCCUCAGGGCCAUGCUAUCUGCCAAUAUUCGACAGAAUCUACAGAUCUGUGUGCAAGUGGCUUCUAAGUAUCAUGAACAGCUGUCAACUCAGUCUCUAAUUGAACUAUUCGAAUCUUUCAAGAGUUUUGAAGGUCUUUUUUAUUUCCUGGGGUCCAUUGUUAACUUUAGUCAAGACCCAGAUGUGCACUUUAAAUACAUUCAGGCAGCUUGUAAGACUGGGCAGAUCAAAGAAGUAGAAAGAAUCUGCAGAGAAAGCAACUGUUAUGAUCCUGAGCGAGUCAAGAAUUUUCUCAAGGAAGCGAAGCUAACAGAUCAGUUACCACUUAUCAUUGUGUGUGAUCGAUUUGACUUUGUCCAUGAUUUGGUGCUCUAUUUAUAUAGAAAUAAUCUUCAAAAGUAUAUAGAGAUAUAUGUACAGAAGGUGAAUCCAAGUCGACUUCCUGUGGUAAUUGGAGGAUUACUUGAUGUUGAUUGCUCUGAAGAUGUCAUUAAAAACUUGAUUCUUGUUGUAAGAGGUCAAUUCUCUACUGAUGAGCUUGUUGCUGAAGUUGAAAAAAGAAACAGAUUGAAACUGCUUCUGCCUUGGCUGGAGGCCAGAAUUCAUGAGGGCUGUGAAGAGCCUGCUACUCACAAUGCAUUAGCCAAAAUCUACAUAGACAGUAAUAACAACCCAGAGAGAUUUCUUCGAGAAAAUCCUUAUUAUGACAGUCGUGUUGUUGGAAAGUACUGUGAGAAGAGAGAUCCACAUCUGGCCUGUGUUGCUUAUGAGCGUGGCCAGUGUGAUCUGGAACUUAUUAAUGUUUGCAAUGAGAAUUCUCUCUUCAAAAGUCUUUCCCGCUAUCUGGUACGCAGAAAGGAUCCAGAAUUGUGGGGUAGUGUGCUGCUGGAAAGCAAUCCUUACAGAAGACCCCUGAUCGAUCAGGUUGUACAGACAGCCUUGUCUGAGACUCAGGACCCUGAAGAAGUGUCAGUAACUGUCAAGGCUUUUAUGACUGCAGACCUUCCUAAUGAACUCAUUGAACUGCUGGAGAAAAUUGUCCUUGAUAACUCUGUCUUCAGUGAACACAGGAAUCUGCAAAAUCUUCUGAUCCUCACUGCAAUCAAAGCUGACCGUACCCGUGUUAUGGAAUAUAUUAACCGCCUGGAUAAUUACGAUGCCCCAGAUAUUGCCAAUAUUGCCAUCAGCAAUGAGCUGUUUGAAGAAGCAUUUGCCAUUUUUCGGAAAUUUGAUGUCAAUACUUCAGCAGUGCAGGUCUUGAUUGAACACAUUGGAAACUUAGACCGGGCUUAUGAGUUUGCUGAACGCUGCAAUGAACCUGCAGUCUGGAGUCAGCUUGCAAAAGCCCAGUUGCAGAAAGGAAUGGUAAAAGAAGCCAUUGAUUCUUACAUCAAAGCAGAUGAUCCUUCAUCCUACAUGGAAGUUGUUCAGGCUGCCAAUACUAGUGGAAACUGGGAAGAGCUGGUGAAGUACUUGCAGAUGGCCCGUAAGAAGGCUCGUGAGUCCUAUGUGGAGACAGAAUUGAUAUUUGCACUGGCUAAAACAAACCGCCUCGCGGAGUUAGAAGAAUUCAUCAAUGGGCCAAAUAACGCUCAUAUCCAACAAGUUGGUGACCGUUGUUAUGAUGAAAAAAUGUAUGAUGCUGCUAAGUUGUUAUACAAUAAUGUUUCCAAUUUUGGACGCUUGGCAUCUACUCUCGUUCAUCUGGGUGAAUAUCAGGCAGCUGUUGAUGGAGCUAGGAAAGCUAACAGUACUCGAACAUGGAAAGAGGUCUGCUUCGCGUGUGUAGAUGGGAAGGAGUUCCGUCUCGCUCAGAUGUGUGGGCUUCACAUUGUAGUACAUGCAGAUGAAUUGGAGGAACUUAUUAACUACUAUCAGGAUCGUGGAUAUUUUGAAGAACUGAUAACCAUGUUGGAAGCAGCACUGGGACUUGAGCGUGCUCAUAUGGGGAUGUUUACCGAAUUAGCUAUUCUGUAUUCUAAAUUUAAGCCACAGAAAAUGAGGGAGCACUUGGAGCUGUUUUGGUCCAGAGUGAAUAUUCCUAAGGUGCUAAGAGCUGCAGAACAAGCUCAUCUUUGGGCAGAAUUGGUAUUUUUGUAUGACAAGUAUGAAGAAUAUGAUAAUGCCAUAAUUACCAUGAUGAAUCAUCCGACCGAUGCAUGGAAAGAAGGGCAGUUCAAAGAUAUCAUUACCAAGGUUGCCAAUGUGGAACUAUACUACAGAGCAAUACAGUUCUACUUAGAAUUCAAGCCGCUGUUGUUAAAUGAUUUGCUGAUGGUGCUGUCUCCACGGUUGGAUCAUACUCGUGCAGUCAAUUAUUUCAGCAAGGUUAAACAGCUGCCACUGGUGAAACCGUAUUUGCGUUCAGUCCAAAACCACAACAACAAAUCUGUGAAUGAAUCACUGAACAACCUCUUUAUUACAGAAGAAGAUUAUCAGGCUCUACGAACCUCAAUAGAUGCUUAUGACAACUUUGACAAUAUCUCGCUUGCUCAGCGUUUGGAAAAACAUGAACUCAUUGAGUUCAGAAGAAUUGCUGCUUAUCUCUUCAAAGGCAACAAUCGCUGGAAACAGAGUGUGGAGCUGUGCAAGAAAGAUAGUCUGUACAAGGAUGCAAUGCAGUAUGCCUCUGAAUCUAAAGAUACUGAAUUGGCUGAAGAACUCCUACAGUGGUUUUUGCAAGAAGAAAAAAGGGAGUGCUUUGGAGCUUGUCUUUUUACCUGUUACGAUCUUCUAAGGCCUGAUGUUGUCCUGGAAACUGCAUGGAGGCACAAUAUCAUGGAUUUUGCCAUGCCCUAUUUCAUCCAGGUCAUGAAGGAAUACUUGACAAAGGUUGAUGCAAUAAAGGAAAAGGUGGAUAAAUUAGACGCUUCAGAAUCACUGAGGAAAGAAGAAGAACAAGCUACAGAGACACAACCUAUUGUUUACGCCCAAGAUAGCUGUGUAACCAUGCUGAGGACAUGACAGAAGAACAUGGGAACCGAGUUUCAUCUCAAGAAUACUUAAAUUGGAGAAAUUCAGCUUUUAUUGUUAGAUUUUGACAGUGUCAAACACUUGUGGUUUUGGGUUGACCAUCAUUAUACAAAAUUUUACCUAGUAAAGUUUUAGGUGACCAGUGACCUUGUCAAUUAAGUCUACUGGUCCUGGCCCAAUUCCUAGAACAGUUCGAGAGCCUGGUGCAAUCUGAGUACGUCCAGCAUCUUGGAUUAAGCUUACAGUCAGUCCCAGCAUUUUUGCAUGGGUCAAUAAUUCAACCAGAGUUUCUUCAUCAGGAGCUUUGACCACCACUUUGGGCUGCCCACAGUAUUCCCACUGUUGGAGUAAUUCAGGGUUUCUUCUUUGAAUUUGCUUGUAGGCAGAAACAGCAGCAUGAGAGCACUGGGCAGCCACCUUCCCUUUUCCCAUCUUUAAGUCAUUUCGAACCACGAGAAUCAUUUUGUACUCCCCACUCUCUCCUAAGAUGCUUGCUUCAGUUUCGGUGUCAGUGUCUGUCUCGCUCACCGAACUCUUGGGGAUCAUCCCAAAGCGUACUCGGAGGCCCCAGCCCAGGCACAUGCCGCAGGCAACUCCAGCAGCAAAGCUGAGUGCGCCAGGAUUGGCCAAAUAUUCCAUAACCAAGGGCAUGGAGAUCAUCUUAAAGGAAAAGAAAAAAGUUGUCACUAUCUAGCAGUGGCAAAUUAGAAGCUUAUCACAUAGAACACCCUGACAGUAUGUAAGCAGCAACAUUUUAAGGCAUCCGAACUUGAUUCAGAAAAAAGGCAGAAUAUGUUUUGGAUCUUAGGUGUGCACUAUUUUUCUCCUCUCUGUACUAGAAAAGUUUCCAGAAUAUAGGCACAAUAGUUGGGGCCUUCUGAAUCGUAGUGUGAGGAGUACAUCUCUAUUUCUUAGAUGCAGCAAAGCUCUGCUCCUCAGUCGUCCCCUAAGUCUUGCGGAGAAAAGAAAUGUUUCAUCAAAUGCCUAAAGGAUGGAUCUAAAGAAACCAAGAGUAAUGCACUCAUUUCUGAAAUAUAGCGCUUAUUUACAUACUGCACUAGUUCUCAAUGGGAAAGGUACCAACUCCUCAGAGAAGUUCCUGGUUGUCACAACAGUGGGCCUGGAGUGAGGUGCGCUCCUGCUGACAUUUACUAGGCAUCAGCAUGGUAUGCUAAAAGCUUUACAAGUGAAGAUUUGUCCCAGUGGACAUUACUGUGGGUGAAAAACUAUCAAUGCCUAAAACUAGAAGACAACUUCAUCUUGCAUAGGAACACAAAGCAUUCUUUUGCAUAGUUUCAAUACACACUGCAUUUACCAGCAGUGUAUCACAUAAAACAAAGAUGAUCCUUUAUCCUUCACUAUUUUAGAAAUUCCUAUCACCCCAGCAAAGCUGUUCAUGGUAUUUGAAUCAUCAAUAAAACACUUACAUCAGUCUACAUCUGAAGCUGUUGGGUUCAUAAUGCUUCUGUGUAUAGGCACAAACAACCAUCAGUUUCUUCUUCUUGUUGAAUAGUACCUAAGCAUUUACAUCAAAAUACAUGGGGCUACCAUGUCUGCAGUGCUUUUAAGUGGUACCCUUGGAAUUAUGCAGAGCAUAACCUGCAUGGCAGAGCUGGCAGUCCUGGAAAUACAUAUUUUAGCAUCAACUUCCUUUUUAUUCUCAUUCAUGUUAAAAUUAGGGCUUGAUAAUGUUUUUGAAAUUAUAUGGUAGGCAAAGUGUGCAAUGUUAUCAAACAUUUUAAUAUGAGGAUACUUUAGGGGAUGUUAAACUUUUUUUGAGAUAUUCACAUACUAUAAAAUUCACCUUUUUUUCAAUAUACCAAUUAUAUGUGGAAUCUAAAAAAAGGAUACACAUGAACUUAUCUGCACAGAGAACUCUACCCAAUAUUCUGUGAUAAUCUAUGUGGGACAAUAAUCUGAAAGAGAAUGGAUGUGUGGACAUGUACAACUGAAUCACUGCUGCACAGCAAAAAUUAUCACAUUGUGAAUCAACUUUACUUCAAUAAAACCUUUUUAAAAAUUCA